GUACUUCUGGAGGGUAUUAUCGUCUUUCAACCACCUUAUAAAUAACUCGAGCCCAACUCGUACGAGAAAUCGAGGAGAUUUGGUAAUGGAAAAGCAGAGCUUGAAGCCGACGGGGAAGAGAGUCGCCGUCGCCGCCGUAGACGGAGAGGAGGAGGAGGAGGAGAUGAAGAUGGAGGCGUUCUUUGCUCUGGUGAGGAAUUUCAAGGAAAUGCGAGAUCAGCGGAGGAAGGAGUUGAUGAUCGGCUGCGACGGCGAGAAAGCGGCAGCGGCGGAGAUGAGGAAGAGGAAGAUGAAGACGGUGGAGAAUCGGUCGGCGUGGAUUCCGAGGUUUGAAAGAGAGGAUUUCGAUGAGGAGUUUCAGCUGAGAGGUCCGGCGAAGGAAGAGGCGGCGGCGGCGGCGAAGAAGAAGAAGAAAGUAAAGAACGAAGAGGAUAUUUUGGAUCUUAAUCUGUCUCUGUAGUUAUUUUUCGACAUUUUUUAAGGACUUUUGUGAAAAAAAA